AUCGCAUCCCCUAAUUCGAACAGAAGUGAACUCUUCGAAGUAAACAUGGCCGCCGGCGGAAGAUUUGCACGAAGGGUUUUAAAAUAUUUUGCUCAUUAUGACUGAAGAUGUCUGUCUCGGACCUUCUUACAUCAUUAGGGCCAUAGCUGUACACACGGAAGCCCUACAUGAACAGCUCCCGACGUUCCAACCAUGGCCGACACGGAGGAAACGUACGAGGAGCGGCAGGAGAACGAGGUGGAACUUCUCUCCGCUGUUUACGUUGACGACUUCAAGGAUUUGAGGGACCAAGAUGCUUGGAAGAUAAAGCGAGCACCUGAAGUGUGCUUGACCCUGGUACCACAGCAGAGCAUGCACGGCACAGCAGAUGUGUACGCUAAAGUAGACCUGCACAUCAAAUGCCCUCCCAACUACCCAGAUGUGGAACCAGAAUUAGACUUGAAGAACAGCAAAGGUUUGUCAGAUGACAACUUAAGGCAACUGAAACAUGAACUGCACAAAAUGGCCCAACAGAACCUGGGAGAAGUGAUGUUACUAGACCUCGCGCAGCAUGUGCAAACCUUCCUCCAUGCCCACAACAAGCCACCCCGAGGUUCCUUCUAUGAAGAGAUGAUGUCUAACAAGCGCAGACAGGAGGAGAAGGUGGCCAGGGAGAUACAGAAGAAACUUGAUGUGCAAAAGAGAAUACAGGAGAAGGAGAGGAGAGAGCUGGAAGAGGAAAUCACCAGGAGACAGGAGAUAAUCAAGGAAGAAAUGAGGAAAAGAAGAAACCAGAAGAUGGAGCGGGAAGAUGAAAUAGACAAUGGCAACAGUUCUUCAGAACAAGUCAGCCCCAAGACAAGCCUGUCCGAGUCUCCUUCCACAGAGAACCUGUCCCAGAGGAGACAAGGCUCUCCUAUCAAGGAGACUCCCACCAGAACCAGGUCCCAGAGUGGUGGUGGGGAGAGACAGCAGUCACAGGACAGACUGACAGUCAUCAGGAGACAGAGGUCCAUCUCAGAGAGCAACUCUGAACCCCUGGAACAUCAGAAGUACACGGGACCUCAGGUCCUAGUCUUUACAACAAGAGGGGAGAGGUCCGUCUGUAAGGGAAGGUGUAUUGGAGCAGGUCCCAGGAGCAGUGGCAGCCUGGUGUACGUGGGUAUGGACAACAGCUCCGGACAGGUGGUCGCCAUCAGGGAGUGGGUACUGAAGUGGGCACACGUCAGCAGGAAACAGGCCUCUGAGCACAAGGACAUAGCCAGAUGUCUCAAACAGCUGUCCAGCUGUGAGCAGGAGCUGCUGAGUUUACUGAAGCUUGACCACCCUGGUCUGGUGAGGAACCUCGCCAUGAGACACAGUCAACAUCAGAACACUAUCACAGUACAGCUGCUGAUGGAGUAUGUAGGGGGAGGGCACCUGGCCAGCUGUAUCAGCAAUGGCAUGCCAGUGCACCUGUCAGUCCUGCACAGCUACACAGAGCAGCUGCUGGACACACUGCAGUACCUGCACAACAAGUCAGUGGUGCAUAAGGACCUCAGGCCAUCAAGUGUGUUCUUGGAUAGUACAGGGCAUCUGGCAGUGGCUGACUACAGUAUAGAGAAAAGGUUUGGAGACCUGUACACGGCUGUGAAUACUGGCCAUGGGGGAGUCAGGUUCAGUGAUGACAAAGUGCAGGCACGACCCAGUAAAAGAGAAGACAUCCUCAGGCUGGGAAUGCUGAUCCUAAGUUUGCACUUGGGUGAAGAAGUUACAGAGUAUCCUGUCAAGAUUCCUUCUGAUUUGCCUUCUGAUUUUCAAGACUUCAUCUCAAGAUGCUGUGAGACUGAUGAGAGGGCCAGGUGGUCCACCCAACAACUACUGGACCAUCCCUUCCUCAAACCCACUGUGGCAGAUGUCCUUACUCAGGCUGACAACAACCAAGCUCCAUCUAACCAAGGUGGGCCAGGUGUGCAGGAGGAGGACUCCCCAGCUGACACCUCAGGUGUGGACCCGUCGGACCUGUCCUGGCAGUCCAGGUCACGGCUGCACAAUGAGUUUGAAGAGCUGGAGUGGCUGGGGAAGGGAGGCUUUGGGGAUGUCAUUAAGGUGAAAAACAAGCUGGAUGGGUGCAUGUAUGCCAUCAAACGUAUCCCACUGGACCCCAAGAGUAAAGCAUUCAACAGGAAGAUCACACGGGAGGUCAAACUGCUGUCCAGACUCAACCAUGAGAAUGUGGUCAGGUACUAUAACUCAUGGAUAGAGCGGAUAGAGCUGGACUCAGAGGAUGACCCAGGCAGGUUCACACCAUCGUCAGAAUUUACCCAGAGUCCUGCUGACCAGGGAAAGGCUCACAAACAGGAGAUGUUCUUGAAGAACCACAUGAGCAUGUCUGAUGACAUCGAGAGGCUGGCCCCACAGAUCCCGGCAGACUCUGUGGAGUGGAGCACGUCUGUGGACCGCAGCAGCAGCAGGAGGAUGGAGGAUAGUGAGGAGGACAGCAGCUCCAGUGAUGAGGAGGAUGUGUUCGGGACAUCCUUUCUACCAGACCCUGACUCUGAUGACUCAUCUGAUGGUGUUGUGUUUGAGCACAGCUUCAGGAAUCCUGACUUUGUGGGUGUAGAUGACGAUGAUGAUGAGUCAGACCAGGAGUCACAGCUCUUUGAGCCUUCCUUUUCCACACUGUCACUGGCUGUGAAAAGCAGCCACAAGAAGAAGAAGAGGAAGACAGCUCAGAAUCUGGAUGAUGAUGAUGAUGAUGUGGAUACAGCCCAACAGAAGCCAUGCUUCAAAUCAAUCCUGUACAUGCAGAUGGAGUACUGUGAUAAGAGCACCCUGAGGAACAUCAUUGAUGCAGGACUGUACAAGGAUGAGAAGAGAGUGUGGAGACUGUUCAGGGAGACCCUGGAAGGGCUGGCACAUAUACAUGAACAGGGCAUGAUUCAUAGAGACUUGAAGCCAGUCAAUAUUUUCUUAGACUCCAACGACCAUGUGAAGAUCGGAGACUUUGGUCUUGCUACUUCUCACACCUUUGGAAAGGGAAACCAAAUUUUGGAGACCCCUCUCCAGGCUCUACAUGAGAUCACAGGGUCAUCUUCACUGUCAGGUGAUUUAGGAAGUGGUGGUUUGACAGGAAAGGUGGGUACUGCCUUGUACAUCAGCCCUGAACUCUGCCUACCAUCACCCAAGAUAACAUACAACCAGAAAGUGGACAUGUACAGUCUGGGCAUCAUUUUCUUUGAGAUGUGUUACCAGCCCCUGACCACUGGUAUGGAGAGGGUGCAGAUCAUUGGGAACCUGAGAAUGGAAUCUGUCCAGUUUCCAGACGACUUUGAUGAAGUACAAAUGCCAGGGCAGCACCACAUCACGCGAUGGCUGCUGGACCACGACCCCGGGAAGAGACCGACCGCCCGAGAGCUGCUCCAGAGCGAGUACCUGCCCCCACCCCAGAUGGAGGACUCCCAGCUGGGGGAGGUGCUGAGACACACCCUGUCUAACACACAGUCACUCGCCUACAGGAGACUCAUGUCUGAGCUCUUCAGCCAGCCUGUCACAGCCAUAGCUGACUACACAUUUGACAUGGACAUUUACAAGGGCCAGUUCUCCACAUCUUCUGUUCUUGUCCAACGUUUGGUUGAGGAUAAGAUUGCCUCCAUAUUCCAGAGACAUGGAGGUACCAAGGUGCACACUGCCUUGCUGAUGCCCAAGACUAAGCUGUAUGAGCAGAGUGACAUGUGUGCUAACAUGAUGGACCCUGGGGGGUGUCUGCUGGGACUGCCCUUUGAUCUCAGGGUACCAUUUGCAAGAUUUUUAGCAAGAAACAAUGUCACAAGUUUAAAAAGAUAUUCCUUAGGAAGAGUGUACAGAGGGAAGAAGCUUUUAGGCAGCCAUCCCAAGGAACUGUGGGAAUUUGCUUUUGACAUCGUCACUCCUUCAGGAAAUAGUCAGAUACCAGAUGCAGAGGUGCUCCAUGUGGUCAGCGAGGUCAUCAAUGAGUUUCCACCACUCCAGGAGAGGAACUAUGUAAUCCGACUGAACCACACGUCCAUCCUGACUGCCAUCCUGACCCACUGUGGGGUCCCAGAGGACAUCCACAUGGAGGUCUACUCCAUUCUCAGGGAAGCAAAGGUGGAGAAGUUGAGAAAGCUGCAAGUGCAAACAAGACUGUGCAGUCUGUCCUUGUCAGACCAAACCGUUGAAUGUCUGUUCAGAUAUGUGGAGCAGGAGGGACCUGUUAAUAAGAUAUCCAGUCUCCUCAAAUCUCUCACAAAGAACAAGGGGCAGGUGGGUGCCUUGGCUAAACAAGGUCUUCACGAGUUACAGACCAUCAUUUCACAUGCUGAGACACUGGAGGUCAAGCAGCAGAUGAUCGUGUCCCUUGGUCUUGUGUACAACGUGCACCAUUUCUGUGGACUGGUGUUCCAGUUCAUGGCUGAGACUCCCAAGUCUAAGAAGAGAGUGGGGAUGGAUGUGUUGGCUGCAGGGGGCCGAUACGACAAACUGAUCUCACAGUUCAAGAGGCCGUCCAUGACCAGUGUGCCAGGCCCUGCUGCAGUGGGUGUCAGCAUUGCCUUUGAGAAGGUGGUGUCAGCAGUCUCCGAUCACACAGAAAGUGGCCAGGUGCCCAGUACCUGUGACAUCCUGGUGUGUACGAUCGGUAGGAGCUCCCUGCUGAAGGAGAGGAUGCGGGUGGUGAGAGAUCUGUGGGCAGCAGGCCUCAGGGCAGAGAUCCUCUAUGACUCCAUGCAGUCUCCAGAGGAAAUCCAGGACCACUGUAAACAGGCAGGUAUCCUGCACAUGGUCAUCCUCAACAUCAAGGACCAUGAAAGUGACAUGGUCAGGGUGAGAUCUUUUGACAAAGACAAGGUGGUGGAGAAGAAGGUAUCAGUGUCUGAUCUGGUGGAGUGUCUACAGCAGAAACUCCUGGCAGGAAAACAAGAGUCGUCAGAUACUGGGCAGAGCAACACAGGCAAGAGUAGUGGCACAUCAGGUGCUGAUGAACCCAACUCAAACAAGUUGAAGAGCGGACCACCCAUCAAUGUAACCUUUAUUCCACUGGACAAGCUGUCGUCCAACAAUAGGAGAAGAUUUGAGGCUCAGAUAAUGUCUCGACUACAGCCGGUGCUUCAGGGUACCAUUGCACCUAAGACUGUAGUGGAGGUUGUGGCAGUGGAGCUACAGUCCCAGCUUGUGAAGACAAUUGCUGCAACUCUUGAGUUUGAUGAUGAGGAUGUGUUUGAAGAGAGCAUGCACACCCUGAUGUCCAAACAGCCCAAGCAGAAGAAGUACCUGUCUCGUAUCUGUGAAACCAUCCGGGAAGUCAAGAUAGAUGCUGUGGUUCCUGUGUCAGUGUUGUUCAGCUACAAAGAUGACUACUACAGGCUGCUGUUUUGAGUACCCAGUACCCUUGCUGCUACAGUACUGUGUAAGUUAGACAUAACAACAGAAUGCUGUAUUGUGAUAGCCUUGUGCUACAAUAUGCCAGUAUAUGUUAAGAUGUUUGGACAUCAGAUUUGAAAAAGAAGCAGAUCACUUGUUGAAAAUGUCUUUUUUUUAGAACUUCAUAGAUGUACUUUUUACUUAGUUUUUAAUUGCCCACUCCAAAUGCUCAAGGUAGACCAUACAGGGGCUAAACUUUACAGGUUUGUAUCAUUUUAUAGGGGUUGUUUCAAGCGUACCCUUAAUUUGGCUACAUUCUCAUCAAACAUAAACUGUCCUCACACAAGCACGUAACUGACAGUAAGGGUAUGAUGAAGUUACAAAAGAAAUGUUGCAUUUAGUUUUACCUGGCUUUUAUGUGACAUUGUGCUAUUGCUAUGCAAGUCCCAGUGCCUACCUCUCCAUUCAGUAUGUAUCAUUUACAUGGGUGGAUCCUCUGAUAUAAUCUUCAAGCAAAUGUAAGGAUCAAGCUCAUUCUCAGUUUUUUUAUUGUUACUUUUGGUUGUACUUGUCUAAUUUUCAUGAAUGGAACAAUUUGUUACUAGAGACCUCCCAGGCAAUGGAAAGAGGUCCUUCUUCUGACUGCAAUAUGCAAAAUUGUUUUGAAACUGUUUGGAAGCUGUGGUUGAGGAUUAUCAGUAGUCUCCUCAAAACUAAAUUUUUUUCUAGUGUAAAAAAUGAUGUUGAUUAAUGUAUGUGCAAAGUAUGAAUUGCAGAUUACUGUCCAUGAUUUAGCAGAUAAGCUGCUUUUGUUUCCAUGUGCCAAGUUGGGAUAGGGGAUGAUAUUUAUCAGAUACAAAUGUACAAUCAGAGCCUGUGCCAUAGAGAGGGUAUAUCACUAUACUGUACCAAAUUAUGCUAAGACAUUGGGCUAAUCGAAAAAUCGAUGUACAAUGACAAAGAAUUCAUAUGAAAAAGAUAUUUGCAGUGAUAAAGGAUCUUUGCGCUUAUUUUGCCAAUUACAUUUUUUUUAAAUUGCAAGAAAUUGGGGCCAAUUGGCACUGGUUUAUGCCGCUUAGUGAAGGCCUUUUACUAUCUUACAAAAUUUGGUACAGUCCAGUGAAAUACCCACUUUAUUGGUCAUUUUGUAUUGCAAAGUUUAAAUGUGAAUCAUCACUAUUAGAACCUUUGUAUUCAGGAAGACCAAUUAGAAAAGUAAGUACACUAGUUGCCAGUAUGCAGAGAUAGUUUAUUUUUUAUCAGACAGUCAUGAGAAUAAACUUAUCUCUUCCAGAA